ACGAGUCUGUGCGCGUGUGUGAUCGGGGGAGGUACUACGUACAAGCAUAUAUAAAUAUACCGUUUCGGGCGUGCUCGCUGGUAUGGGAACCCUCGGGAAAGUAUAAAAGGAGAGCUCGUGAGUCGCUAAGCGUGGAGGAGAAACCCAGGCGGGUUCUCUCUCUCUCCUACUUAUUCGGCUGCUGCUGCAGCUGGAGCCUCAGAACGUCUCGUGCCGUCGUCCGCACUUGUACACCCUUGACUAAAACCCGUGCUUACACAGUCUUCCAAUAAUUUUCCAACCUCGUGCGCCACAUACUUAUACCUAUACUUGAAUCCGUUCGUUUGGUGCUUCUUAACAAGAAACUUACAACGCAUGACAGCGCUAGGUAUCACCGCUGGUGCUCACCCGUUGAGCAAAGGAGGAAACCACGUCGUGUCUUUAUUACAUACACAUAUUAUCAUCCCCCUUUUCUUCCUCUUGGUUGUCUGUUUCCUCAGGUAGACGUAGACCGACAUCUUCGUCGGCAUAAUGGCCCUCAGUCAAGCGUGUGUGAUAAAAGUAUAUAGCACGGUUAUAGAUGAUGUAAUAUCUGGUGUACGUGAGGCUUUUUUGGAUGAGGGUGUUGAUGAACAAGUGCUUCAGGAACUGAAGCAAAUAUGGGAAAGUAAGUUGUUGUCCAGCAAGGCUGUGGAGCUGAACCUUGAUCCUCCAGAGCCACAACCACCUCAGUUGAAUUCAACAAAAAACAAUGCGUCUAACAAAAGCAGCUCUAAAAAAAAUAGCAACGCCAACCAUGCUAACAAUGCUCAAGCAAAGUCGGUUCCUAUGGAGGAAUUGCCCAUUCCAACCCAGCAAAGCUUACCAGCUCAACCUGUGCAACCUCAGCAACAGGUUCAACCACAGCCACAGCCUCAAGCGGCUCAACCAGUGCCUCAGACUCAAGCACAGCAACUUCAAAAUGCGCAACAUACGCAAUCAAUGGCAUUGCAACAGCAACAAAUGCAAACACAGCAUCAGCCCAUGCAGCAACAACAGCAGCAGCAACAGCAAGUUGUCACUCCAGGUGCAGAUCGACAAGUCUCCAUACAGAUAAAAUUACCUGUUCAUGGAAAUUUGCCCGAGCGACUAAUAAAUGUUCAUGUUCCUGCUGCUGCCCUUCAAGGGAACCAGCUGCAUUCGCUCUUUGCUGGGCCCGUUAUUACUGCUGCAAUAUCAUUGCCAGUUCCAUUUGCAACAUCUUUACUACAACAGCACGUCAAUACUACAUUUGAACAUCUUUCUGGUUUUACUCCAGUGCCCAUCUCUCACCCUGUACAAUUUUUACCACAAAGCAGUGCCAACCUUAUGCAGCAGCAACUUAUUCAAAACCAGCAAGGCAAUAUUGCUCAGUUGGAUGGUACCGUAGGUGAUUCAACAGAUGAUGAUGAUGAUGAAGAAGAGGAAGACAAUGAUGACGAUGAUGAUUUGGAUGAGGACAAAGAGGAUGAAGAAAACGAUGAUUCUGGUGCAAGAGAAGAAGAACCACUUAACUCGGAAGAUGACGUUACUGAUGAUGACCCAACGGAUUUGUUUGAUACUGAUAAUGUAGUUGUUUGUCAAUAUGAUAAGAUUACGAGGAGCCGAAAUAAGUGGAAAUUUUAUUUGAAAGAUGGUAUUAUGAACUUGAGUGGUAAAGAUUUUGUUUUCCAAAAAGCCAAUGGAGAUGCUGAAUGGUGAAAAAUUACCUUGAGCAGUGUCAAUUUUCCACAAUUGACAACUGCCAAAACUUAUGGACUGAGAAACAGUCAAACUGUUUCCAAACUAAACAUUCACGAAUUUAUGUUGGUAAUCGCCAAUGCAAAACUUUUGAGUUGUUUUUUUUUAUUCCUUAACGUGCAAAAAAUCAAUAAUUUGCUUAAUUACUUGAUUUAAGUGAAUAAUUUUUACUAAUAUGAAUGUAGGCUUUAAAAAUCUGAUUAUCAUUUGUUUGUUGUAUACUAUUAAGCAAUCAAGUUUAAUUUAUUCUGUUGCAUUAAAAGAUAAAUAUUUGACCUAUGUCUAGGGUCAAAGGAAAUUAGAAAAAAAAAAAAAAAACUUUUUUUCUGAAGUGAUAAGACUUUGCAGCAAUUACAUAGAUUUUUAAUGUUACACAGAUGCCUAUACAUUGAUCUCUGAAAAAUAAUACAAGAUUUACUUAUUUUUAACAUGUAUUUUAAUUUGAUACGAUCCACAAACGUGCUAUUAAAAAUUUAACCAUGAACAUCUAUAAUUUGGGAAACAGUUGAUAAAAUUUAUAUUUGUAAAUAAAAUUAGUUAACGGGAUACAUGUAAAUAACAACGUAAUGUGAAUUUUCUGCCAAAAACUAGUAUCAUUUAAUCCUUGAAUUAUUUUUCAGCAUUUAGCGUCUUUAUUUUUUGUACAGUUGAUCUAAACUUUUCUUAUAGAAGUACAACAUUUGUAACAAUCAACAUACAAGGGCACGAGUGCCUUAAUUAGUUUUGGAUUGAUUAUUUUGUUUUCACUUUGUCAUUUUCGUAUAAUUAUUGUUUUAUUGUGUUUUUAAAUACGUAUCUUAUUUCCUCUCAUAAAGACGGUGGACGGGAUAAAGUUUCCAUUAAAAUUAGUGAAAUUUUAGCUUUAUGUGUAAUGCAAUGUUGACUUCAACCAUUAUCUCGCCAAGAAUGUCAUAAAUAUGAAUGUAUAUACAUUAUGAGAGGGAAUGAACAAAUAGACGUUUUUUGAAAUUUGUGCAAAUAUCUUAUAAAUAAAUGUAUCUUAUAUUGUUAACAUCGAAUUUUUU